AUGGGUAAGUCGCUCCUACUGCUCCAGGAUGACAUAGCUGAUCCAUGCAGUCGCUUUGCUCGCGGUGGUCGUGGUGGCAAGGUCGUCAAAGUUACUACUCUCGAAGACAGCGAAGCCCCGGGAACUCUCCGGCAUGCCCUGACCAAUGUAACCGGGCCCAGAAUCGUGGUGUUUGAUGUUGGCGGAGUCAUCACGAUCAAGUCACGCCUGUCAAUCACUGACAGUUACAUCACCGUCGCGGGAGAAACCGCGCCCGGUAAAGGGAUUAUUGUGCAAGGUCAGCCCUUCGGACUCUCCGGCGCGUCCGACGUGAUUCUGCGACACAUCCGCACCCGUCCGGGCACCAGCUCCAACGAGACUGUGGACGGGAUGGGGAUGGCGGGAUCCAACUACUGCAUCCUGGAUCAUUGCUCGAUGGGCUGGUCGAUCGACGAAUCCUUUUCGUCAAGGAAUGCGAAGAACAUCACGUUCCAGCGUAACAUGAUCUCUGAGCCACUCAACGUGGCUGGUCAUAAGAACUAUCCCGCGGGCACUGAACACGGAUAUGCCGCGACCAUUGGAGGUGAUAUCAGCUCGAUCCAUCACAAUCUCAUCGCUCACGCCGAAGGUCGCAGCUGGAGUAUGGGCGGAGGAGUGGAUGACAAUUCGACAUUCGCCGGGCGACUGGAUAUUCGCAACAACGUUGUGUACAACUUCGGUAUGCUCACCCGGGUCUCCCACCCACGAUAA